UUUCCUGCAGCUUUGAACUUGCACUUUUACGGGCAAUGAGUCGAAACAAUCGAAACGGGUUCACACAUUCGUCCCCAAAGCUGCGGAAAUAAUUGUGUGGGUCAAUGCACUGGCACCGCGCAGCUCUUGGACCGCCCGACUUUUCCCUGGCCACUGCCUGAAAUUGGACAAUUUCGACGACUUGGCAGGAGGCAAUCGCUCGCUUGGACUCAUUAUGAGUGGCAAACGGUUCGUCUCUGGCGGUUCCAGUUUGUUCAACUCCAGCAUCGGUAUCACCAUUGCUGUUACAUUAACAUUAUUAUGCGCUCGGGCAUGUGCAUACAUGUGCAGUCUAGUUUGGCUCGUUACAUAUUUAUUUCUUGUGUGGGAAACUAGUUUUCUCCCAGCCAACCAGAGUCCGUGCAGGUUUUUGUUGGCCAUUGAUGGCGGAGACUUCCGAGCUUCCGUUUCGAGUACGUUGCGCCAGUAUAAAUGAAUUGGCCUGCUCCAAGGAGGCCUCACAUCGUUUCAGAUCUAAGAAAGUGAAGGUGGUUGAUUCGGAGCACUGCCUAUGAAGAGCAGAAAGUAAUUCGUUCAGAGCUAUUGCAAUAAUUGGACAUGAAUGGUUUACUGGUUUUAUUGUUGUGCGCCUUUUGCUGCAGCGUGGUCGCCAAGCCCCCGGCAGCUCGGCGGGCACAGCUGCAUGACGAUGUCCAGCUCAUCCAUCCACACAUCAUCACUAUAGAGCGUUUAGAGAGCCUACUCCGGCGUGCUGGGGAAAUCUUUGCCCCGGCUCUAGAGGAAGAUGCCAUGGCGGAGGCCAGCAGUCAGGUGCAGGAGCAAGUGCAGCCCCCACAGCGAAUGUUGCCGCCAACGGAGCAACCGUAUAACUUCUAUUUACCGCUCUACGACUUCGUGGAACCCAAGCUGGAUGCCAAGAGCCGAAUGCUGGAGAAGAUUGCUCCUCCGCCGCAGAAGGCGGAACACAACUACUACGCGGAAAAGCCAAAAAAGAAGCCAAAGAAGUUUAACGCAGCCAACAAGCACAUCAACCUCAAUCUCAAGUGGCUCAACACCUACGAGAGGGCCAUGGGAGGCGCAACUGCGCCCAAGGCCAUGUAUCUGGAGCAGGACGAGCGCAACCGAAUAAACUUUGACGACUCUUUCUUCGCGGUGGACAUGCAGGUAAAGAUUCCGGACAACCAACCUCACAAGGAGUCCGCUGCGCCCACAGAGCUCUUGCAGCAUGGUGAAGAGCAGGCCGAGGAAGAUUUGAUGGCGGCUCCUGCGCAGUUAGCCUUUAACUACAAGUCUCCAGUCCAGGAUGAACCUCGAACAUAGAUUGGUUUUUUUGUUUGUAUAGGUUUUAGUCAGUUAUAUAAAAAUGCUACAAUAAAUGCACUCAGAGCGAGUAAAGUCCAGGAUACAAAUUCGA